GCAAGCUGUCCAUUUUGGCAUGACGUAUCUGUGACUGGUCGACUCAUCGUUUUCUCAGUCCUUCGCAUUAGAUACAGUGAAAUCAGAAACAACAUUGACAAAUGUAGAAAUGAAAGCACAAUACGUGUCGCCGGUACAAUUGGAACACCUCGAAUGGAAGGGACGUUUAUUUUUAAAGGUUAGAUUUUAGUUAAAUAAUUAGAUAACAAAUAAAGGGUUAACGUUCGUGUGUUGUAAUGGAUGAUUGUCCUUCUAGAUACUAUAUCAUUGAUUCCAAGGGCUUAUAUUUAUAAUCAAAAUAUUUUUGUUAAAGUUGGCAGCAAUGCAACUCUUUACUGCAUAUCCAGUCAUAUUAGCAGCUUGUACACGUGGACUAGAGAUGGUACUGUGAUUGUUGUUGGCAUGAGAUUUUCAUUGCUCAUUGAUGGUGUGCUGCACAUACAAAACGUGACUGAGCAAGACAGCGGACACUAUGAAUGCACUGCUACCGCAACAUUUCCAUCAUUUGGCGUUGUAACCAGAAAAGUGGCAUGGGGUGUAACUGUAUACAGUAUGCCGCGUGUUACUCUAUCUCUAUCUCAACUAAACGACCCAUGCACUGAGCAAUUCUGCAACACAACCAACCUUGUUGUUCCCUGCAUCCUAAAUCAUCUCCCAACUACAGUAAAGUGUCAAGCAAAAGGAUCUUUUCCGAUGUUGAUUCAACUAUUUCGCAACGCAAAGUUACGGUUGAAGCAAAACGUGACGAAUGCCAAUCAUACUGUGCAGCACACAAUUUCAUCUCCUCGUUCAGGAAUCUAUCAAUGUAUCGCUAGAAAUGAGUAUGGCAGCAAACAAUCAUUACUCUACGCAACAGUAUCAGAUGUUGUUCCAACUGUUUCUGCUACAAGUCGCUCACCGACAACGGCAGCUACAUCUCCAUCGACGCCACUGUCUACUGACUACGUGACUACGUAUACAUCACAGUCAACUCCUCGAGCGUCAAGUACGUCAACUAGUUCCACAUAUUCGUCUCAACCUACGAAUGCAACAUUUCAUAAUGUGCAAUCUACUUCUGGAACGAAGUCUCCUAGAGUUACUAGUGCUCCAGUUGCCGUCACACAAGCUAAUGCGUCAUCCGUGUCUCUAUCCAGUAGUUCUUCAACUCUCAACCUUCCUACCACUUCGACACCACGCACCAGCUCGACACCCGCAUCACCUCCAUCCCAUCUUACAAACACUCCGUCCUCAUCAGGAGCAGCAAAGCCCCAUAGUGGAAAAGUGACGAGUGCGGCGACUAGUGGAGACGCAAGUAAAAGUACAACUAGGCCAGCAACAAAAGCAACGACGCCAACGCCAGAUGGUGGACAAGAAAGUGGAAGAAAGUCUUCAGAUCUGACGGGUGUUGCAGUAUCAGGAUGGGUUGUAUCCGUCUUCUUAUUUGGAGUUAUACUUAUUAUGAUAUGGAUAAUUAGAAAAUAUCAAGAAUCUAGUCAGAAAAAGAGCGAAGAGACAACAAUGAGAGAAAAUCCUGCUUACAAUUUUAUAUCAUCACACGCUCGAGGAGGAACGGCUCCAUCAUCGACUGAUGCUGUACAGUACGAAGAGGUAGGAAUGGAUGCAACUAAACGCCAACGUUUCUACGAGAACAUUUCUAAGCCCUGACGACGCAGAAACAGACAGAUGUAGAACAUCUAGCAGACGAAUGUAGCUCAUCAAUCCAAUCAGCACGCAUGGUUCUAGCUAGUCAACAACUACACUACUAGUACUGUUUUUCAAGUUGUAUGUACACGUUUUUCUUCCUAUAUACAUCUGUUUAGUAACUACCU